AGCUCAGAAGAUUCGACCAGCUGAACACAUCACCGAAUAUCCAGUGAAGAUGCUUUGCCCAAGCACAUUUCAACCUCAUCUUAGACCAUUCAUGGACUUCCACUGGCCAGUGCGCAGUCUCUGGCCAGAGACGAGACCUCUUUUCUUUCAGAUUGAACGAGAAAUGAUGAGACACAUGCAGGAGAUGAGGAACAACCUGGAGUUCAUGGAAUGCCUGCAUCAAAGGAUUUUCAAUGAGAUUGACCAUGUUUCACCCAUGACAACUUUCAAACCCAUCUCAUUCCAACUUGGAAAGGAAGGAAUCCACUAUGCACUGACAUUAGACACAAAGGAUUUUUCUCCAGAGGAGCUGUCUGUCAAACAAGUGGGCAGGAAGUUGCGGGUGAGCGGAAAAACAGAGAAGAUGCAAGAUGAUGGGAAUGGAUCAUACUUGUGUAGAUGCCAAGAAUUCAGGCAAGAGUUUGACCUUCCUGAAGGUAUUAAUCCUGAGGCAGUGACCUGUGCUUUGCGUAAUGGCCAGCUACAGAUACAAGCACCUAAAGAAGCUACAUCUACCGGUAAUGAGAGAGUGAUUCCCAUUACGUACACUCCUGCUGUCAAGAAUUCCACUCCACAGAGUCCUGUUCCUCAGAGCCCACAGCCUGAGAGCCAAGCAGCUGAGGCAGAAUCUACAGAUAAUUGAGUUUAUUCUUUGUGAACACUGUCACCCACAAUGGAACAAAUUAAUCUAUGGAAAAUGGACAUAAUUUAUAUUUACAAAUAGACUGAGUUGACUUUAUAAGUUUUUUAAGUCACCAACAUUUUGUAGCUUUGUAUGAACCAUUUGUUUAUUGUAAAACAGAAGACAAAUAUUCUUCAGUUCAGUUCCUCAGAAGUAUUACUAUAUUAUAUACAUUUUUGUUAAAUUCCAAGAGAUGUUCUUGUCUUGUUUCCAUUAAAUAAACAAA